AUGGAACCUCGGAACGAUCUAGAGUCGCUCGAUAUUGAGGUGAGUAAUCUUAAUGAAGAUCCAUUCCAUGAUGAUUAUAUGACGGAUGAAGAAGCUUCAAGACGAGGGUGGGGAUCUGCCUGGACCAGAAUGAAAUAUUGGUUCUAUAAAAACAGACUAAACUGGAGUAAUAAUUCUGUAAUAAUCAGAGAGGGUAAGGGUAGCAAAGAUGGUUCUAACUUUAGAAGGGGUAUACCACUAUACGAAUUAGAUGCGAAUGGUCGACCUAUUGACACCGGAUUUGAUGAAGAAAAUGAGUUUUCACUGGGAACAGGACUUCACUCUAAAAUACCUUUCAGAAUAAUUUUUCGUAUAUUGCUAGGUUCACUAAUAUUUUCAGUUUUCUUAAUCCUGAUAAUCAACAUUACAAAAUCCCAUCAAUCUCUGAGAACACUUACACACUUUGGUAAUCCUGAUUUUGACCCUUAUGUAACAUAUUUCAAUGGCACGCAUGAAUUUUUCCCUUUGACGAUAGUUAUUUCACUAGAUGGGUUUCACCCCUCACUGAUAUCCAAAAGGAAUACACCAUUCUUGCAUGACUUAUAUGGAUUGAAGUUUAAUGGAAAUAUGAACAUCACAUCAACUCCAUUCAUGAUACCAAGUUUCCCAACAGAGACUUUCCCCAAUCAUUGGACAUUGGUUACUGGACAAUACCCGAUACAUCAUGGCAUAGUCUCUAACGUAUUCUGGGACCCUGAUCUUGGUGAAGAAUUCCAUCCCGGUGUGUUGGACCCUCGAAUAUGGAAUAAUAAUAUUACAGAACCGAUUUGGCAAACUGUUCAGUUUGCCUUUGACAGUGAUGUGCCAUUUAAAGCAGCUACUCAUAUGUGGCCAGGUAGCGAUGUGAAUUAUACCAAAUAUAAUGAAGAGAAAUUGCAACCAAAACAUAAGAAGCUUUUUGCAAAAGAAAGAACUCCCUUUUACUUUGAUAAAUUCAAUGCUAAAGAACCACUACCGAAGAAACUGUCCAAAAUUAUUGAAUAUGUCGACAUGGACACACUGAACGAAAGACCACAAUUAAUUCUCGGUUACGUACCAAACGUGGAUGAAUUUGGACAUAAACACGGGUAUCCUACAGAAUCAGAGUAUUAUUACGAAGAGUUUACUAAAACAUUGGGGGAAGUAGAUACAUUUUUACAUCAAUUAGUCAAAUCUUUGCAAGAAAGAAAUUUAACAGACUUUACUAAUUUGGUCAUUGUUAGCGAUCAUGGUAUGAGUAAUAUCGUGGUUCCCUCAAAUGUUAUCAUCUGGGAAGAUUUACUGGACGAAAAGUUAAGAAAAGACUACGUAUCGCAUGCAUAUUUGGAGGGUCCAAUGAUGGCAAUAUCUUUAAAAGAUUCCGGGAAUAUGAACGAGGUAUACCAUGAUUUAAAGACAUCAGUAAGUGAAGAGAACUAUAAAGUUUAUGUGAACGGGAAUUUUCCUGAGGAAUGGAACUUUAAUGAUAGGAAAAAUCAUCACAUGGCCUCGAUCUGGAUCGUGCCCGAACCCGGCUAUGCAGUGAUGAAGAGAGAACAGUUAAAGAAAACCGAAAAGGGUGAUCAUAAAGAUAAAGACGAAGAAAAAGUAUUCACAAUUGGAUCACAUGGAUAUGAUAAUGGUGCACUCGAUAUGAGAUCAUUAUUUAUUGGCAUGGGACCGUAUUUCCCACAGGGAUACGUUGAGCCGUUCCAAAAUACCGAAAUUUACGAUCUAUUGUGUGAUAUAUGCGGUGUGGCAGAGAAAGAUAGAAACGCUAAUGAUGGUACUGGGGUACUCAUGAAACAACUACGCGAACCUCAGAGUAGCGAGGAAGUGGAAAUUGAAGAUGACUUUGAUUAUUUGACUCAUAGAUUUGGCGCGACCAGCACGUAUAAUGUGAUCUGGGGCGGGUACCCCGAAGAGGCUGAACAAGACGAUGAUGAUGACGAUGAUGAUGGCAAUGGUGCUAGUGACAAUAAUAGCACUGAAGAAAUAGCCGCCCUGGUAAGUUCGUCAUUAACGACACAUCAAUCGAUGGCAACUCCAAUGUCACCGGCAACUAGAAGCCUACCGGAUGAAACAUCACUGUCAUCUAGAAGAAGCACCACCCAGGUUAGUGCCACCCCCAGCGCGACCGGGGAUUGGUUUCAAAACAUAAUCGGCGAUGCAAAAGAAUUCAUUGACGAUCUAAUCGACAGUAUCGAUGACUUAAUCGACUCUAAUACCUAA